UUAAUAAUGCAACAACUACAGCUUUAAUGACAAAAAAGCUGAAUUCCACAUAUCCAGAACUUAAUGUAUCAACUCGAACUGUCCAACGUAUCCUUAAAAAUAAACUUCAUUAUGUUAUUUGUCGAUUACGAGCGGUUCCUCUUCUUAAGCCGAAUCAUAUUGAAGCUCAUUUUCAAUAG